UCUCUCUCUUCCUCUCCCCACUUCCUGCCCCGCCGCCGCCGACGACGACGACGAAAAUGCUGGCGGCUCGCCGCCACGCCGCCUCCACCUCCGGCCCCCUCCUCCUCCGUCGCCUCUCCGCCCAGCCCAAGCCCAAGGCCCCGUCGCCUCCACCUCCUCCGCCCACGCCGUCGGACGAGGGAGCCGCAGCGUGGGCCCGACGCGCGGCCGCGCUCUCGCUGCUGGGGCUCACCGGCGCCGUCGCCGCCAGCGCCUUCAGCGACCUCUCCGUCUUCCUCUCCUGCUCCAGCCAGGCAAUGGAGAAGGCUACCCAGAACAAGCAGGUAGCGAGCGCGAUGGGCGAGCCAAUCAAGCGGGGUCCCUGGUACAGCGUGUCCAUCGCCGUGAACCGCGCGAGGCGAUCCGUCUCCUGCACUUUCCCGGUGUCGGGGCCCCAAGGCGAUGGGCUUCUCAAGUUCAAGGCUGUUCGCUUGGGAGAGGAAUCAUGGUUUCAGUUUCUACAGCGCAGCGACUGGGAGAUACUCAUAAUGGACGCCAUCCUUGACGUUCGUACCAAAGACGGGAAGUGCGAGACAAUGAGGGUGGCGGUUGCAGACAACAUGCCAGCUCCACCACCACCACCAGCUGACUGCAGGUCGUGCAAGCCCCAGCCAGCGCCGUCGCCGAAGCCUCCAGCGGUGCCUUCUCCGACACCUACAGCGGCGCCACCUCCGACUCAGGGGAAGUGAUGAUCAUCUGGAGACGUACGUUCUUCGGCCUGUAGUCUGAACAUAGCUAGCUAGCAUGGAGUGAUUGUUUUGCCAUGCCUCAUUCCGGGGAGAGUGAGAGAAAUAAAGUAGCGCACGCUGGACCAAGUAAACAGGAAAUUCGGUCGUUUCCUGAAGCGAUUGGCAGAUGAUACGGCAUAGAAUAGAUUACAACAUUACACGGGUGUUUGUUUCGCAUACUGCGAAAUAUCUCACAAGACAAGAACUGUCUUGGGACUUACUCGCAAACAAGCUCGAAUUCUUUUGUUGGUUCAUCAUUCAUUCAUGAUAUACUUAUUUUGCUGGUUGCGGACUUGCAA